UAUUUCAGCAGUAUCCUCAUAGAUGACUAGAGAUCACUGCUCUGUCGGGUGUGAUGGGGCUGAGGAAGCCAGCAGCAGUCGGCGUUACUUCAGCAUCUCAUUUACAGCCAGACAAAAGUGAUGGAAAAGCCCCUCAGAGUAUGAUGCAGCUCCAGUUCAGUCGGGAUGCUCCUGCCCUGCCAGAGAACUUGGCUGUCCGCUACAGCAACCCUCGCCCAAUCAUCAUAGAGAAGCUGGCACAGCCAGAGGCUAGACGGGAUCCGGGAGCUGGUGAUGGGCUCAGCUCACAGGGUUCCAUGGCAUUUUCCAUUGUCUCUGAAGAGAAGCUCAACUUAGCUGUGCAGCUGGCCAGGAGGGACAUGAAGCGACGGCACCUGGAGGAGCAGAUGAGGCAGCACUUCUCCAAGGGGGAGAAGGGCCCUCUGGCCACCUCCCUUCAGGGAAAGAAGUCUGGCAGUGUAGUUGUGAAGUCUCACUUGAAUUUUGGACGUCAGCCGGGCCGCUGCCCCAAGGUGGAGACUACCAGCUCUGGAGCCAGGGUCUACCUCUACACGCCCUCCCGGGUCAAGUCGGACCCUUCUUUCUCCGACUCGCCCCCCACCCGUGAUCCGGGCCCCGGGCCUCCCCCAGCCUUCAAGAGGGAGGAAGACAGAAGCACCCUGGAGGUCAGGCGGCUGCAGAAGGAGCUUCAGAACUACAUCCAGAAGAUUGACGAACUGGUGAGGAGAGAGAGAAGUGAGGAAAUUUUGGAUCCCGAUGAAGAACACCGCGUCCAGAUCCGGAGGCAGGAGCAGGCCGUGCGCUCUGCCCGGAUGCUGUAUAUGCUCCAGCAACAGGUAAAAGAAAUAGAGGACGACCUGGAGAAGCUGAGCCCUCGUAAAAUAAAGCACACAAAGAAGUCACGUGCCAUGGCCAGGCUGGCAGCAGCCCACCGGGGAGCCGUCCGGGCCCUGCAGGUCUUUGCCUCCCGUUUUGCUGACCAGCCGGAGGAGCAGCCAGUCCCAGCCCACUGCAAAGAGCUGGGCCACCUCAUUCGGCAGCUCUCCCUCUGCUCCGCCCGCCUCGAGACAGACUCCUCCUCCCUUCCCGACAGAGUCGUUGACCUCCUGCUGCAGAUCGAGGAUUUGGAUUCUCUGCUGUCCAAGAAGGAGUCUCCCAAGAAAGGGGGGCCGAAAGGGAGUUUCUCUAUGUCUCAAGCCGCCUCUGUGAUGGACACGAACCGAUGGCUGAAGAGAGAGAAGAAAGCUGCUGCCUCAGAGCCAAGAAAGCCACCAGUGGCCAGGAGGCUCCUCCCUGAUGAACAUGAAGGACCUGAUGGGCUCCUGGUGCCUCACAAUCCAAGCAGUCCCUGCGACAUGGCAGCCCUCGAGGGCCAGCCCCCUCCGGAGCGAGAGGCGGUGGGGCAGGCCAAGUGGGAGGCACUGGGGCAUGUGAAGACCAGACCUGGCCCUGAGGCGGGGAGGCCCCCCCGGAAGAGAGGCGUGCUUCUCCCCACCAGACCGCAGGGAAACAGGCCCCCUCCCAGGGCAAAAGGCACGCAGCUUCAUCAGGCCAAGCAGGCCCGCUUCCAGGAGCCCACCAUCGCCUUCCGGCUCAAGGAGACGAAGCCACCCACCCGCGAUAGCCGGGUCCCUUGGGUGCCUCCCAGCCUCUCCUCCCCCCUGGCCUCACCUCAGCGGCACUCGGAGAAAAGUCCCAGAGGCAGAGAGCCAAGGCCAGGGAGAGAGGCGGAAGAGGUGGGAGAAAAGAGUCGAGCAGCCCCAGAAAAGGAAAUGCUCAGGGAUAAUGGUGCUUCUGCAGCCCAGAUAGCGGCGACAGUGGAGCGAGCUGUCCGGGAGCGGCUGGAGCCCCUCUUGGCAAACGCACAGAAGGUGAACCGCUCCUUGGAAAGGAACAUCUGCCAGAAGGAGCUGCCCUGCCAGGAUAUUGGGAAGGCUCCUGUUGGUCUCCCACGUCCAGGUCUGGAGGACUUUGCCGAGCUGCAGCGUGGGGAGAUUGAGACCCUCUCGAGCCCCUCUGACCUGGAGGCGAUGCUGCAAAGGAUGGAGGAGAUUGAGCGCUCCCAAGAGGCCGUCCGCAGGCGGUACCACCAGAUUGUUUACUCUGAUGCUGAGUUCUGGGCUCGGCAAGAGAGAUGGGAGAGAGAAAAUGCAGAGGCAGGCCAAGAGCCUGGGACUCCCCAUCCCAUCCAGAUCACUAGGCGGGAGAGUAAUCCAGAGCCCCAAGUGGACAUUGUACUGGAAAGACCCCUGGACACCAAUGCUGCGGAGGAGGAGGAAGAAAAGAGCGCUGGGAUGGAGGAGCUGCUGGAGCCCAGGAAUGGGACUCUGCCAUCUUCGUCGUCACAUCCCCGCCAGAAGGAGGCUGGCGUCUUCCUCUCUGUCCCUAAGAACAUGCUGCAGAGCAUUCAUGAUUACAGUGCACGAUACAGCCAGCACCUGAGGUGCAUCUCCCAUGAGGCAGUGGGCAGCUUCAACCCCUGGCGAAUCGCAGAGAGCCUGGCCGAGGAGCUGACGGAGGAAGCCUUGGCGGACGUAACCACAGAGCUGCAGGGCCUUUGUGAGGAUUACGCAGAAGCUGUCUUCACCUCGGAGUUCCUGGAGGCAGCUGAGUAGGCAGCACUCUCACCUCCUGCUCCUUCUCCUGGUCCAGCAGAGCCGGGCUCCGUUGUUGUGGACAUGUCAGGAAGGGCUCUCUCUUUGUGUGGAGUGGGAGCUUAACAUGGGCAACAUCCCAGGGGUGGUGUCUGUCAAUUCCAGCUGUGUUUGCCUUGUUCAGGAAGGGUGUCUGGGCAUGGGUGCAGGGAGUGUAAUGACGGCUAAGCAAAGUGAAUGAUGUCUGGCACCUUAUGCUUAGCUGAAGCGCCAGUCAAAUGUUAGCUGUUCCAGGAAGUGUUUCCAACCAGCCAGGCUUUGUGAACAAACCACUCUCUUUUUGCCCACUGUCACACUUGGGUCUUCUGGGGGUGUUCCAUCAGAAGAGUGGGCAUCUAGGGGGUGCAGAAGCUGAUCCACUGGGAUCCUAUUCGGGGGGGGGAGGGAGAGGUUGCACAGG